CUCAUUCAUGUUUCAGAGCCACGGCCUCCAUCCUCUACACGACCAGAGAGAGAAAUCAGAGAUAUGAGAUUUCGCAAAACAGUUUACAGUAUUUCUCAGAUAAAAAACGCAACUCCAUUCUUGUUUCAAUCAACUCAACCUUCUCGUUCCUUGUCUCUGCUUCAGUCAAAAUCGAAGCCGCAAAAACAGAGCUCUUUUGGAAUCGCAUUUGACAUCGAUGGAGUUGUGCUUCGUGGCUCUGUUCCAAUUGGAGGCUCGCCUCAAGCUUUGAAAAGAUUGUACGGUCAUUCUGGUUCUUUGAAGGUUCCAUUUUUGUUCUUGACAAAUGGAGGUGGCAUACCAGAAUCCAGACGAGCUGUAGAGUUAAGUCAACUUCUGGGUGUCAACAUUUUAACUUGGCAGGUUGUACAGGGUCACUCACCUUUUAAAAACUUGUUGAAAAGAUUUGAGAAUGAACUUAUUGUCGCCACUGGUAAAGGAGAACCUGCUAUUGUGAUGUCUGAGUAUGGUUUCAAAAAAGUGCUCUCUGUUGAUGAGUAUGCAUCAUUCUUUGAGAACAUUGAUCCAGUAUCUCAAUACAAGAUGUGGACAACCAAACGGGCAGCUAAUAGGAAUAGCCACUCAACAAGAGGAUAUAAUGUUUCCUCUGAAAGAGUUAAGGCAACUUUUGUUGUUAGUGAUCCUGUAGACUGGGGCAGAGACAUUCAGGUUCUCUGUGACAUCUUAAGAUCUGGUGGCCUUCCUGGACAGGCAAAUGGACAUCAGCCACCUUUGUUCUUUGCCGCUGACGAUCUUGAGUACCAGGCGGCAUUCCCCUCUCAACGACUUGGAAUGGGUGCUUUCAGAAUUGCACUGGAAAACGUCUUUAACAGAAUUCACCAUAGUCCACUAGAGUAUGUGACUUUUGGGAAGCCAAAUCCUUUUGUAUUUGAGAAUGCUGAAGCCAUUUUAGGCCAGUUUCUGCCAUCAAAUGUUGCUUAUGAUGGAUCUUAUCCUUUCAAAACCCUUUACAUGAUCGGUGACAACCCCUCUGUAGACAUCAAAGGUGCAAGACAGGCUGGACGUCCAUGGUUUUCUAUCUUGACAAGAACAGGAGUUUUCAAGGAAAGCUGUAACAAUGCAGAGUUUCCGGCAGAUUUGGCAAGUGCAAUGACUAAUUGCAUACAUAUUCUCCAUGAGAAGUUCAGGUACUUUCCUUUUAUCUUACAUUGAGCGUUUUCGCUGUGCAGGUUGUUGACACAGUUGAAGAGGCAGUAGAUUAUAUCCUGAAACGGGAGUUUUUUUCUCAGUAGUUCAACAGCUUUGCUGAACACCCCAUUUUCUUAUUUUUUUAAACCCAAUUGAGCUCUAUUGAUUAUUUUGUAUAAAUUCAGUGCCAAAGGAAACCAACAUAUAGUGUUGUGGCACUACAGAAGUGUUGCUUUGUAGGAAAUUUUGCAGCGUCUCUUCGAAAGGCUUACCACCUAAUGGGUUCAAUCAACCCAUUUUGACAACAUUUAUACAAAAACUAUGCAUGAUCCACA